AUGCCCCGCCUCUGGUGGCUGCCUAAAACCUGGCGCCGGGCUAAAACAAACGCGAGGCAGCCCCCGAGCCACUCAAGCCAAUUAAGGCGGACUCGGUCCACUCCGUUACGUGUACAUCCAACAAGAUCGGCGUUAAGCCGACGCCGAAUCAUGUCGAUGAGUCCAAAGCACACGACUCCGUUCUCAGUGUCUGACAUCUUGAGUCCCCUGGAGGAAAGCUACAAGAAAGUGGGCAUGGAGGGCGGCGGCCUCGGGGCUCCGCUAGCAGCGUACAGACAGGGCCAGGCGGCCCCGCCGGCCGCGGCCAUGCAACAGCACGCCGUGGGGCACCACGGCGCCGUCACCGCCGCCUACCACAUGACGGCGGCGGGGGUGCCCCAGCUCUCGCACUCCGCCGUGGGGGGCUACUGCAACGGCAACCUGGGCAACAUGAGCGAGCUGCCGCCUUACCAGGACACCAUGCGGAACAGCGCUUCGGGCCCCGGAUGGUACGGCGCCAACCCAGACCCGCGCUUCCCCGCCAUCUCCCGCUUCAUGGGCCCGGCGAGCGGCAUGAAUAUGAGCGGCAUGGGCGGCCUGGGCUCGCUGGGGGACGUGAGCAAGAACAUGGCCCCGCUGCCUAGUGCGCCCCGCCGGAAGCGCCGGGUGCUCUUCUCCCAGGCGCAGGUGUACGAGCUGGAGCGACGCUUCAAGCAACAGAAGUACCUGUCGGCGCCCGAGCGCGAGCACCUGGCCAGCAUGAUCCACCUGACACCCACGCAGGUCAAGAUCUGGUUCCAGAACCACCGCUACAAGAUGAAGCGCCAGGCCAAGGACAAGGCGGCGCAGCAGCAACUGCAGCAGGACAGCGGCGGCGGAGGCGGCGGCGGCGGCGGCGGAGGCGGCGGGGGCGCCGGAUGCCCACAGCAGCAGCAAGCUCAGCAGCAGUCGCCGCGCCGGGUGGCCGUGCCGGUCCUGGUGAAAGACGGCAAACCGUGCCAGGCGGGCGCCCAGGCGCCGGGCGCCGCCAGCCUCCAAGGCCACGCGCAGCAGCAAGCCCAGCAGCAGGCGCAGGCGGCGCAGGCGGCUGCCGCGGCCAUCUCGGUGGGCAGCGGUGGCGCGGGGCUAGGCGCACACCCAGGCCACCAGCCGGGCAGCGCGGGCCAGUCCCCGGACCUGGCGCACCACGCAGCCAGCCCCGCUGCGCUGCAGGGCCAGGUCUCCAGCCUAUCCCAUCUGAACUCCUCGGGCUCGGACUAUGGCGCCAUGUCCUGCUCUACCUUGCUUUACGGUCGGACCUGGUGA